GUCGGAAAACGGACCCAUCACGAUCUCCAAAUCCCUUGUGUCUGGACAGCAUCAGCACGCCCAGCUCACGAUUGGUGCUGUCGCGUAGUCAUGAGGUCGGGCUUCGGCCGCGGACGACCCAAGAAAUGGUAGCAAUUCAUUACGAGGCGUCCCAGCCGCUUGGACCAGAGAUUGCACCAACCCUCGUGUGGCCGUUCUGGGGUGCUUGGCACCGUUCCCCGCUUCAACACCAAGGCACUAGGAUUGGGGAUUUGUUCAGGCUGAUUGUUUGGAGUAAUAGCCGGUGCGCCCCCCUUUGUUCGCUUGUCAAGCGAGUGCGCCGCAGGAGGAUGGCCGAGCCUUUGCGGUGAAGGGUGCGUAGGAUGGGGUUUUAAGAUGGGCUUCUUUUCUUCUUUGCGUCUUCGAUAAAGGCGACUGAAUCGGCAAGGAAAGUUGAUUCACUUCUUUUAUUGUGACUUUGGACCAAGUUUUUUCGGUCAGAGAAUUGCAAAAUGGGUGGCGCAAAUGGUCUUUCUGAUCCCAUCCUCACUCGCAUUGUCGAGGAGGAUAAGGUAAAAUGGUUCAGAAAGCCGAACCUUCGAUUGAUGUAUGUCUGUUUGUUCCUCUGCUGCAUGGGAGUAGAGAUGACAUCUGGCUUCGAUUCGACGCUUAUCGGAACUUUACAAUUCUCUCCACCUUGGGAAGCUUAUUUUGGAACCAAGAAUCCUAAGGAUCCAAAAGCAAAAAAGGCUCUGACGGGAGGGAUGCUGGGAUUUGUUUCGUCUUGCUAUCAGCUCGGCUCGAUUAUUGGAGUACCAAUUGCUCCUUGGUUCAAUCAGCGCUUUGGUCGACGCUGGUCCGUGAUGAUGGGGUCUGUACUAAUGGUCAUCGGAGCUCUCCUUCAAGGUUUUGCCCAAGAUCUCGGAAUGUACAUUUUCAGUCGAAUGGUUCUUGGCUUUGGAAUCGUCUUCGCCAUUAUUUCGGGAUCAUCUUUGAUUGGUGAGCUGGGACAUCCAAAGGAUCGUGCGACUUUGACUUCAAUGUUCAAUGCGUCGUAUUUCAUCGGCCAGAUUACUGCUUCUGCUAUCGCUCUCGGGACGGUCAAUAUUCCGAAUGACUGGAGUUGGAGAAUCCCAUCGCUGCUCCAGAUGUGCCCCUCACUUCUUCAAAUUGUGUUCAUCUUCAUGCUUCCAGAGUCCCCCAGAUGGCUCAUCAGCAGAGACAGAAGCGAAGAAGCCUUUGCAAUUCUCGUCAAAUACCAUGCUGAAGGCGACGUCGAUUCUGUUCUCGUCAAAGCAGAAAUGGCACAAAUCUCAUCGACCAUCAAAAUCGAGAUGGACAAUGCCAAACAGUCUUGGUGGGAUAUGGUGCGAACCUCCGGCAUGCGUCGUCGUGUUCUCAUCGCCAGCUUCCUCGGUCUCUUCACCCAAAUGUCUGGCAACACCUUGCUGUCUUACUACCAGAACCUGCUCUAUAUAAUGAUGGGAUACACCUCCUCUUACGCUAAGACGAGAAUUAACCUCGCCAACGCAUGCUGGAGUCUCAUCACCGCCACCAUUGCCGCAUUUGUGGUUGCUAGGUUUAAGAGAAGGUUCAUGUUCUUGCUUUCAUCCGGAAGCAUGCUCCUGGUUUUCAUCUCAAUGACCAUUUCAUUUGAAAAGUUAAGAGAAGCAAAGAAUCAUAAUACGACCAAUUCGGCUGCUGGUGUGGCUGCUUUGUUUUUCUACUUCGCCUACUCUCCUUGUUACAAUAUUGGGAACAAUGCACUCACUUAUACUUACCUCAUCGAACUCUUCCCCUAUUCUCAACGUACCCGGGGUAUCGGCAUCGAGCAAAUCUUCGGCAAGAUCGGUGGAUUCUUCUCCAAUAACGUGAACCCCGUCGCAUUGGAUGCCAUCGACUGGAAAUUCCUUGCUAUCUACUGUGGUUGGAUAGCGUUUGAAUUCAUAUUCAUUUAUUUCAUGUAUCCUGAGACGGCUGGUAGAACGCUGGAGGAAUUGGCGUUCUUGUUUGAGGAUAAGGAGCUGGCUGAUCAGGCGGUUGUUGCGGUGGAGAAACAGAUCCAUCAUGAGGAUAUGGAGAAGACUGCUGUGGCGCAUGUGGAGGAGAGUGGGGUUAUUGGGGUUUGAGGUGACAAGGGAUUGGAGGAACGUUGGAGAAUUUGAGCUUGAGCAGAGUUCUGAUUGUCAUCACAGAAUAGUGCAUCAAUUACAGAGUGCAAAUU